CUCUCUAUAGGCGUUAAAUCGACUACGGUCCAGAAUUUCAAAAAACUUUGAUCGACUUUAACUAUAGGGUUUGAAAUUGAAUCUCCCAGUCCGCCUUCUUCGUAUUUGAAUAUGGCUUCACUCUGAUCUCACUCGUUCUUCACCUUUCUCUAUCUCUCUCUCGCUUGCAUCUUCUCUCUCGGAUCUGCUCUUGCUCGAGGUAUUGAUCGAUUUCAAUGGCGAGGUUUUGAACAUCUUCAUCUUGUUCAUCUGCAUUUCGCUUUUCUUCUGUAAGUGAAGUAGGCGAAGUCCAUCGGAUUUUCGGAUGAAAACUAAUCGCUGGCUCUUCUUAGGAAGAGUAGAAUGAUUUGGAGGAAAUAUUCGGGAGAGAGUUGCAGUGGAGUUGAAGUUGGGCUAUGCAGCUUUACCUGCCUGACGAAGAACUAUGGAAAGUGAUCCUCCGCUUUGUACUCCUUUAGAUCUGCCUGGUGAUAUUGGUCAGAAUAUCCGAGCCCUGCAUAGCCGAAGGACAAGUGGCCCUACUAGACGUUCCACCAAAGGCCAAUGGACAGCUGAAGAGGAUGAAAUCUUGCGGAAGGCCGUCCAACGUUUCAAAGGAAAGAACUGGAAGAAAAUAGCGGAAUGCUUCAAGGAUCGAACUGACGUGCAGUGUCUACAUAGGUGGCAGAAGGUUUUGAAUCCAGAACUUGUCAAGGGUCCAUGGUCUAAAGAGGAAGAUGAAAUAAUUGUUGAAUUGGUGGAAAAGUAUGGACCUAAGAAGUGGUCCACCAUAGCACAACACUUACCUGGACGCAUUGGUAAGCAAUGUAGGGAAAGGUGGCACAAUCAUUUAAAUCCUGCCAUAAACAAGGAGGCGUGGACACAGGAAGAAGAGUUGGCACUCAUUCGUGCUCAUCAAAUAUAUGGAAAUAGAUGGGCAGAGCUAACGAAGUUCUUGCCUGGCAGGACAGACAAUGCUAUAAAGAACCACUGGAAUAGUUCUGUGAAAAAGAAAUUGGAUUCUUACUUGGCAUCCGGUUUACUUGAACAGUUUCAACCCCUGCAUCAUGCAGUGCAAUCAAGCAUACCCGUGCUUUCAUCCUCAAGGGUGCAAAGCAGUAUAGAUGAUAGCAGUCUCAGGGGGGCAGAAACAGCAGAGGACAUAUCUGAAGUCAGUCAAACUUCAGCUAUUGGUGCUUGCUCCAAUACAAUUCCACGCACAAAAGAGGAAUGCCAAUUGGCUGGAGAUGCUUUUUUAAAAGAGGAACCAUGCUCAACCCCACAUUGUCCGGAGCAAUGUCAAGCUUCUUUGGAUGACAUCACUUUUUCAAUUCCUGAAAUGCUCUGUGAAUUGGAUUGCUAUGUGAAACCCCCUAACCAAAAUUUCUCACAGGAUUACAGAACUUCAUCAACUGGAGAUAACCAAUAUAAUUUAUACGAGUUGCCAAAUAUUUCUUCACUGGAAUUAGGUCAGGAGUUGUCACAAUUUCAAGCAAAUGAAUCUCAGGAAGUAGAAAAUGUUCCACAUCACACUUCUGCAGGAUUGAGUGCAUCUACUGUCGAAAAUAUGGCUCGGGCUUCAGAUAAACCUGAACAUAUGCUGAUAUCUGAUUAUGAAUGUUGCAGUGUCCUUUUUUCAGAAGCAAUAAUUAAUGAAUCUUUUCCUUCUGAAAAUACAACGGAUGCCCCAGACAUGGUUGAACUGAAUGGAUAUGCGCAUCCUUUGCACCGUCAAUCAACGAGCAUUGAAAUGCCAGAUAGUAAUAGAAACUUAUCAUUGCAAUCAUAUCAUCAUUCGAGAUCUGAUGUUCUGGAUAACUCAUGUUCUCAACGUUUUCUUGCUCCUCGGUUGGUUUCUGUUAAUGAUGAUACUUAUGUAUAUACAAGUGAAACUAGUCAUUUAUUUGAAACUCUCGAUCAGGAGCUUGUGGCUAAUGGACAUGAUAGCUUUAUCUACACCAAUGAAUCCACCAACUCUCCUCCCAAGGAUGGUCUCAAGAAUGCAGAACUCCAAAAGCAGCAGGGUUCAAAGGAUCCAUCAAAGCUGGUUCCUGUAAAUACUUUUAGUUCAGAACCUAAAACUGCAGAAAAUCUGCCUUCAUCUAGUGGAAGAGAGAAUACACAUUCAGAACAACAGGACUUUGGUGGAGCUCUUUGUUAUGAGCCUCCUCGGUUUCCGAGCUUAGACGUUCCAUUUCUUAGCUGUGAUCUUGCACCAGCCGCCGGUGAUAUGCAGCAAGAAUAUAGUCCACUUGGUAUCCGUCAACUGAUGAUGUCUUCUAUGAACUGUCUUACUCCAUUUAAGCUAUGGAAUUCACCUACCCGUGAUGAUAGUCCCGAUGCUGUGCUGAAAAGUGCUGCUAAAACUUUCACUAACACUCCAUCAAUCUUGAAGAAACGCCAUAGAGAGUUCUUAUCUCCGCUAUCAGAUAAACGAUGUGACAAAAAGCAAGAGAUUGAUGUUGGCAUUAGUAGAACAUCAUCUCAUACUAAUCCAUCACACCAGACGAUCAAUUCUAGAAGCUCUGAAGAUAAGGAAAAUAUCUGUCCUUCAGAAGAAGUGAGGCAAGAGAAGCAAAUCGAUAGUUGUAAUAUUUUGCAUAGCAAACGUCCAGAUAUAACUUCAGAUACCUGCAGUUUCCGGGAGAACAAAUUGCAAGAACUGGAUAAUGGCACGAUAACUGAGUGUGUUGAUUCUAUUGGCCAAACAGUUCCACAGUCUUCACGUGUCCUUAUUGAAUGUGACACAAACAACUACGAUCAUUGUGCCCUUGCAAACUGUUUUGUUGCCAGUGGAACGACAGCUACAUGCCUAAACUCAGAGCCGACAGCAGCCGCCGCAGAGGUUAUUGGUGAUAAUGUCUCAAAGGAGUCCUCUAUUGAAACCAUGACCAUAUUCGGUGGAACUCCAUUCAAGAGAAGCAUCGAAUCUCCUUCAGCAUGGAAGUCCCCUUGGUUCAUCAACUCUUUUCUAUUUGGUCCAAGAAUGGAUACUGAUGUACCAAUGGAGGAAGUUGGAUACUUUAUGAGCCCAGGGGAUAGGAGCUACGAUGCAAUUGGGUUGAUGAAAGAGGUAAGCGAGCAUACUGCGGCUGCGUGUGCGAGUGCUCAGGAGGUUCUGGGAAAUGAAACGCCACAAUCCUUAUUGAAAGGAAAACGUGGGAAAUAUGAGAAUCAGAACAAAGAGAAGAAUCAUUUAACCAACUCCCUUCAAGGGGUCCGUUCUACUUUGGCUCCAGAUAUAUUGACAGAGCGACGGACUCUUGACUUUAGUGAAUGUGGGACACCUGGCAAAGGAACUGAAAACGGAAAAUCCUCUAAUGCAACGACAAGGAGCUUCUCGAGUCCCUCUUCUUACUUAUUGAAGGGAUGCAGAUAGAAAUAGCAACAUUCGGCUUCAUUAGUUGAUCCCGGGUUAAUUUAUUUCACAAAAUGUAUGUUUAUGAUUUGUUCUAUAUAAUAUCUCUUUUAAAUUGUUUCUGUUUCGGGAAAAAAGAAACAUGUGGGGACUGGCAUUACGCUUUUUGGCGUAGCCAAUGUAUUCUUUAUUCAAUAGAUAAAAAAAGUGUUCACCAUUUAAACAA